UUAAUGGGACAGAAAAAUCCUCAUUGAGGGAUAAAAGGAUGAAACAGCAAAAGCUCACAAUUGUUACAAACAAAAAGAACUCAAAAAUGCCCUCUACAAAGGCAAAGGAGGAUUCGCAAACAUUCGAAAUCCCAAAGCCCGAUUACAUCCACGUUCGGGUCCGUCGCAGUCAGGCCACCAAUAGCCACAAUUUGACCGAAAGAACAAACUUUCAUUCCUCCUCCACGAAUGCUUCAAGUCGGAGAAGAACAAACCCAACAGCCACUCCGACAAGAACAAGCCCCGGGAUGAUGGCGGCGAUCCUAAAAAUCUCGACCACGGCGCUGCAAGUGGCGGCAAACGCGCCGCCGCCGCCGCCGCCGUUGUUUUUGCCUCUCGGCCUUGUCAGAGAGCUCACAAUCUUUGCAAACCACUGUUCAUUGGUGCGCGGUAGGCCCAAUGUGUUGAUCUUGGUUCUCCUCUGGGUCGAUUUGGCCGGGCGGCCCACGACGGCGGCCGCCGCUAGCACGGUGGGUAUGGUUGCCGACGAUGAGGCUGCCAUUGAU